UUUUUUUUUGCAACAUGGCAACACUGAUGUUUUGUCAAAACUCUAACCACUUAAAAAUUUUGAAAUGUUUUCCUCUCAGUGUUUUCAUUUUAUAAGUAGUUUUCAUUUCACAGCUUUAUUACGGACUAUUUAAAAAACACACUGAACGUUCUAGUAGUUGUGUAUAUAUUAUCUAGCAAAAUAAAUUGUACUGAUCCAAUAUAUUGUGCACCUAAACUGAACCAUAACUGCUGUUGAUUAAUUCGUUUUACAACUUGUUAUACCUGUUUUUUAAGAUUCUCUCUAUAUUGUUAGUGUAUAGUCUACAGAUAUUACAAAUAUGGAUGUUGCCGAUAGCAUAGAUACAAAAAAUAUAACGGAGCUUAUAUUGAAGCUGUGUGAUGUCUUGUCGAAGCACAAUCCAGCUAUUUCUGAAAGACUAUCACAUAAUGCUUUAAUGUGCCUCUCUUGCACGUCAACAGUGACUACAAACAGUCUGAAUCAAGAAGAAUAUAUAGUGAAUUGUAUCAGGCAUUUGCUGUCCUCACAAUCAAAGGAUAAGCUUGACCGAUUUGAGAUUUUGUAUUCAAAAUUGAAAGGAUCUACAAUUUUGAAGAAGAGAGAUUUAACACUAUGUUUCCUCUACCAUUUAAGCCAAAGAUUAGGCAAACAUCCAGGGCACCCUAGUGAGUCAGUUUUGCAUUGCUCUACAAAAGAUUCUGGGCAGAUAUUGACUCGAACAUCGUCUAUAGCCCUAUCAAAUACACAGUCUCAAGAAAGUGUUAAGCAUAUAUUUGAUAGUAGAGAUAAGAGAAAGUCUCAUCACAGUACAUUACAUUCAAAUACACAUAAAAUUACUUCACAAACUACAACUGCUUCUUCAGCAUCUUGGUCCAAAGCUGACAUUCCUUCUUCAUCAAGGAUUUCAUGUUUAAAUGUUGUCACAGAGCAGGAACUCCUACAAGAUGUUGUAUUUUCCUUCCAAGGCAUUGAAGGCAAAUUCCUUAGAAGGGAACCCGGAGGUUUAGGCUUUGCAGUCGAUGCCAAAGCUGGUAAAUUACUUACACCCAGUCAAAGAGCUCUAUUGGAAAGACUGAUUGGGAUUAGUUUUCUACACAAUGAGCUUAAAAGGUUUUGCGAGGAAAAUGAGAAACAACGUGGCACUAUAGGCCAAGCACUUAUAGCAACAUUAACCGAUGAACUUUCUGCAUAUUACAAAACAGUUGCUAUUCUUCAAGCAUCGGCUAACAAACCUCCGGGCCAAGAAAACUCUGAUAUGACCCUGAAGAAGGCUUUGUAUGUGAUGCAUGAACAUCAAACAAGGUUUGAGUGGUUAGCUUAUAUAGCUGAGCAAUGUAGAGACAAGAAAGGAGGAGCCUUAACCACAGCUAUUCAUGGAUUCCUACAACACGGUUCGAAAUGCGCACAAGAGAUUUCAGAAAGGGUAUUGAAAGCAGUAUGUAAACCUCUCUAUGUAAUGCUGUCGCGUUGGUUGCUAGACGGAGAAAUCAACGACCCUUAUAACGAAUUUUUCAUCGAAGUCAAAACCGUCUCAACUGCUGAACGUCUUUGGCACGAUAAGUACCACGUCAGACAACAUAUGGUGCCGUCGUUCAUAAAAAUGAGCCAAGCGAAGAAAAUUUUGGCAACCGGGAAAAGCAUAAAUUUCUUGAGGCAGAUUUGUAAGGACAGCGGCCACUUGCCCGGAAGGGAAUCGCUGCAGAAGCUGUUCAAAACCACAUUAGCGGAUGGACUUUUCGCGCCAGAACAAAGUAUAGAAUUCCAUGCGACAUUGGAAAGUGUAUAUAAAGAAACGUCGCUUAGGGUUCUAGAACUGCUGAAGAAUAAGUACAGAUUACUGGAACAUUUGCAGUCAUUGAGGAGAUACCUUCUUUUGGGACAAGGAGAUUUCAUCAGACAUUUGUUGGAUCUUUUAACUCCAGAACUCAACAAGCCUGCAGGGCAAAUAUACAUUCACACGUUAACUGCAAUUUUGGAAUCUGCAAUCAGGGUCACUAAUGCGCAAUAUGAAGAUGAAGAUACUUUGAAACGACUUGCAGUUUUCUUCAUGUCACAUUCCUCUGGGGAUACAGGUUGGGACGUUUUUGGCUUGGUUUACAUAGUAGACGGACCCGUAGGGACAAUUUUCCAGCAAACAUUGUCAACGUAUCAAAGUCUUUUUGGUGCUUUGUGGCGUGCGAAGAGAACAGAAUUUGCCUUGGCUAAUAUGAGGAGGCAACAAAUUACAAUGUCGAAACUUUUCAAAAAUAUCGAAGAGUUGCGACCAGUCAUGCACUUGAUUCACAUACUAACAAGCAAAAUGAUCCACUUUCUGAAUCAAACGCAGUAUUAUUUCCUGUUUGAAGUUUUGGAAUGUUCGUGGGCCGAAAUGCAAAAUCAAGUUAACAAGGCCGAGUGUCUAGAUGACAUUAUUACUGCGCAUACUUGCUUUUUGACGUCUGUCCAAAGAGGUGUUUUGCUAGAUGAGGAUUCUAGGCAACUAUUUUCGCAUUUGAUAUCCAUCUACAACUUCGUGAUGAACUUGGAAGGACAUCAGGGGGCUCUUUACCAAGCUGCACUUGAAGAGCACGAAGCUAGAAGAGCUUAUGCAGCACACAGAGAUGCAGCUGAUGAUUUUGGAACUGAUAAUCAUCUGCAGAAAGUCAAUUUGGAGCGAAAGGCGACGUUUAGACAGUUCUUGGGUACUACAAAACUAAAGGUGAAAACCUCUGCCCAGACGUACGACGAGAUUGUUAAAAAAUUCCUCGGCCUUCUAUCGAAAAGCAUGAACAUGAACCUACGCUUGCUAUGCGUGCGACUCACCUUCAAUAAUUUCUACACGACUGCAUGACCUUCAAAUGGGCCAAGAAUGCCUACAGAACGUAACCUCCAAAACGCACCUAACGACAACAUUCAAGAGAGUCUGUACUAUCGCAGAACAUGCGAUGCUAGACAUAACCUAGCGCCACUGCAACUUGAACCAACUAACUCAUCUUUGGUGUAUGCGAGGCCUAACGACAUUCAUGGGAGUCUUCACUAUCACACGAUACAUUUUAGAGACUUUCCACUGCAACUUGAGUCAACUAAUUUAUCGUCAGUCUGUACAAAGCCUAGCGACAUUAAAGACAAUGCUUGCCACUGUCAUGCUCUUGGAGUACCUAAAGAAAAUAAGGUAGUCCCACCUAGACCUGAUAUCUCUCAUAGAUGUAGAAAGUUUGGAGCUUCUCGAAUACCUAGAGCUAGACCUUUUCCACUGCAGCUUGAAGCUACAGAUUCUUGCUCGGAUGUUCUUGGGAGUCCUUGUGGCAGUUGCAGUUUAAAUAUGAGCUUCCAAACUGAAUCGUCGAUGUCGUCCAGGCGCGGAAGUCUUCUGACCUUGUUGGAGAGGUCAGGCAGAAUGCAAGAACGUAUUUGAUGCUGUGUGGUUUUGUAAUAACACUUGUGGAAUGUUGGAACAGAAGGUGAUUCAGUUGUCUACAUCGUUUGCGCUUAAUGUCAAUAAAUAAAGUCAAAAAGUCGGAUACGGCGAAUCUCGGAGUAUAAAAGAAAUUCUACCCAAGCAUAGGUAUAAGAUUGUUCAUAGGUUAUCACCCUAUAUUUUUAACACAGAAAAUAUAUGGAGUGGAAAAUUUAACGUUUGACAUUUGAAUGUCAAAGCUAAUAGCAGUGGCGUAGCUCGGUAACCUAGGGCCCUGGGGCAAAUACAAAAAUGGGGCCCCAUUGCUAUCAAAACUGAUAAGGUUUUAUGAAGUAAAAUCAUUAAAUAUACAAAUAUUUUGAAAAUGCUAAACGGCUUUAUCAUCAGCUCUUUUUCAUGCAUUGCAAGGCAGGUAAUAAAAAUAUUAAACACUAACAACAUAAAUUACAAUUAUUUUAAUAAUUGGAGUAGGUAUUGGCCAAUAAAACGAAAUAGAAGAGAUUCAAGGGUUUAUUAGGUAAAGAUCGGACCUACCAUUUGCUUCCGUAUGGCCACUCGAACAACUGUGUUGUUUAAUUCUUUCUGAUAAAUGUUUCCAAUCACGAAUUCCCGUACGCCAGACGGGUACUUCCAGAAGCGUGACUAAAAAACUUGUCAAUUUUGGGCAAUUUUUGUUUACCUUCUUCUCUUUCUUGGCGUUGUUUGCGUUUAAAUGCACCACUGGGUUUCUUCUUUUUAUCCAUAAUUUUAGUUUUCUAAUUUAUUUAUGCAAUAUUUAUAUAAGAUUGUUCUCAAGUAGGUACUCACUGUGCACUGACAACGUUAAAGGUAAAGGAGUGAGGAACGUAAUGAUACGAUACAAUACGUCGUUGGGGAAUCCCCGGCAAACAUUUUAUAUUUUAUCGCCGACAGUGUUACCACGGUGGAGGCAAAAAAUAAUCUCCUCGCGCCUGAAUUAAUGAUUGAGUAGCCGAAAUCUAUAGAUUUAUUUACGUAGCGGACAUCAAGAUGAGUGGUACUAAAAUCAAAUAAAAUUGAACCUUUGUUUAGACCAGUACAAAAAACUAUUGACAUAAGCUUACUUACUCCUGAUACAACAAACUUUUUAAUCAUUCUCACAAAAACACACAUCGAUAAAUAAUAAAACGCACAAAUUGAUAACACUGUCAACCGGGUUAACCCUCAGAAAUAAUUUAGAGGAAUUCCCUAUUUAUAACUUUCGAAUUUAUCUGAAACAGAUGCCAUGAUUAAAGUCGUGUUGCCACCUGUUAUAUUUAUUUUGAAAAUGGGAGGAAUUUUCAAAAGUGGAGUUCGAUUGAGAUUUUUUAGAGCCCUUUUCAUGCUGUCGCUGUAUCGCUGGUUCUAGUAAUUUUUUUCGAAAUAUGACGCGUGGUAUCGCGAGGUGUCCCGUUUAAAUAUGAUAUGUAUAUUUCGGCAUUUCCACAAUUAAACUGCACGGAUUUUUAUCGAAGUCUUUCGAGUUUACAUAUCUUUUAGCGACCGAUAGUAGAUGAUAUUUGAUGAACAUGCAAGGUCGGAAAAAUUAUGUAUUGUUAUUGUUAAGCUUUCAGGGUACUUUUUUUUCUAAGGCAAAUUACUUCGAUUAAAUUAAUUUUACGAAUUUUUGCACUCUAAAAAAAGUACCCUACAAGUUUAACAAUAAAUAACUUUUUUUAAAACAAUUUUUCCGACCUCGCAUGUUCAUCAAAUAUGAUCUACUAUAGGUCUCCAAAGGAUAUGCAAACUUCAAAAAAAUCGGAGUCAGACAAAAAGCUAAACCAGUUCAGCUUUGUAGGGCCCCUGGCCUUAUCGCCAGCGAUAAAAGCGCUGCCAUGAAAAUGUACCUUCUGGUAAGGAUUCGAGGGCCCCCUGAGCUUGAGGGCCCCGUGGCACUGCCCCGCCUAGUCCCUUAGUAGCUACGCCACUGGCUGAUAGAUCAAUUACAAGGUAAGUACGCAAAGUAAACAAGACAAAGAGAAAAAUGAACAAACAUUAUUGGUUUCGGAAAAUCGAAUCUAUUUUAUUCAACAUAGUCUCCUUCAGUCACUUUUUCGACGGUUUCUGGCGUAAUCACAAAUUUUGGCUGACCAACAUGAUCGUCGUCUGCCAGCGACUCACGACCCCCUUUGAACCGUGUAAACCACUCGUGAACUCGGCUAAGAGAUAAACAAUCAUCACCGUACACUUGCAUCAAUAUCUGAUGCGUUUCGGUGAAUGUUUUACCAAGUUUAACACAGGUGCUCAUUUUUCGACCGAUGCUAAAAAGGUACUGUCACUUUCAGCGCGAUAACUCCGCGUGAAGUAGUUCGAUUAUCAUGCAAUUUUGACAGAUCAUCAAUGAAAGAUGUACCUAUCCAACGCUAGUCUCCGAUAAUAGAUGGCGCUACUUGUAUCGGAUAUCUUUCAAAAGUCCUGUUUACUUUGCGACAGAUCUUGUACGUAUAUCUAAUCGAUACUAUAAUCUAUCUAAAAGACAUACGCUUUUCCCUAACUAUCUGAUGGUGACCAUGACAUAGGGAGCGAUUGAGCCAACGUAGAGCGGUCCAUGCUCAAUAGCAGUAGCCUUGGGAUAAGCUUUGUCAGUUUUGCUUGUGGGUUGAUUAAUAUUGCGAGCUGUCAAAGCUAUUUCACGGCCACCGCUGUUUUCCAUAAAAGCGUUGCACCGCUGGACCGUUUUGCAUUGGCUGAAUGCUUGGAAAGUCACGUGUCUUUUAAAAAUGGGACCUCAUAUUUUUGAAACCGGAAAUGGAGCGGAAAAUUCAAUCUGAUGAGCACUUCACCUCCAUGAAAAAUAUCAGUAAACAUCAAGUAUUUAAUCGAUAAAAUAACAUCUCAUUAAAAAAAUUGUCCUCUACCUUAAAAUGAUCGUGUAAGUCAAAAGUCAAAUAAAAGGUCAGCGUCAGGCAGCCUAAGCCUAUAAUUUCUUUUACUCAUAGUUUUCAAGGCCAUUUCUACGAUUAGAUAUUAGGUUUUGACCUUGACCAUCAAGGGAGGUCAAUGAUUCAUUCGAAACGAACACUUUCUGCUCUAUCUCUGUCUGGUGUCAAUAACAGACGUUUCCCAUUAAAAAAAAACACUACCAUGCUUUGGAGUCCAAUGAUUAUGUUGAAGAUCACAGAGAGAUAGCUAAGCAGUCUAUUGCAGGGAUUUUUUUUUGAUAGAGAUUAUUUUAGGCUGUUUUUGAAUAUAAUUUUUGCUCCAAAGAUCUUGCCACUAUUUUUUGAAGCGCAAUACAAUUUUCAUUUACAUUUGGCAUAGCAGUGGUCGUCUUUCUGGUCAGUAAAUAAAGAAAAAUUGAUUCUAUUGAUUGGAGUGAUGAUUCAUGGCAUUUAUUAGCGUAUUUUGCCUGAAGUCGAACUAAUGCUAUAUUCGCGCGACCAAAAUAUCAUUAAUGCAAUGAGGUACGAUAGCGUACUUUACGAGAAUUUGUUGCUGCUUUGUUUUUCCGCCCUAAUUAGAAGUCUCCCUCAAAAAUGUUGGUAGCGCUGUAGCUAUGCUCUCCUAUACAGGGUGUUCCAUAAUUAUUGCGACAAAAUGAUAGGGGUUGUAGAGGGCAUCAAAAUGAACAAUUUUUCCUUAUAAACCCCUGUUCGGAAACAUGCCGUUUGGGCUGCAGCAAAAAAAAAAGAUCAGUUUCUUGAAACAGCUUACCUACAGUAAUUGCUCAAAGUGUCCUCCACCUUGCUCAAUACACACCUGUGCACGAUUGUUCAAUGAUCGGCGAACUCUGUGGCAUACCCCCGGUAUGUCCUGAACAAGUGCGGACGCGGCCAUCACUCUUCCCAGUAGCUCUUGUUGGUUGGGAACAGGAGUUUCGUACACUAAAGCUUUCAGAUAGCUCCAGAUAAAAUAAUCCAGUGGAGUCAGGUCAAGUGACCGCGCAGGCCAAGGCACAGGGCCACCUCGGCCUAUCCACCUAUUUGGAAAUUUGUCGUCCAAAUACUGCCGCACUUGUAAAGAAAAGUGGGCUGGACCGCCAUGGUGUUGAAACCACAUGUUGGCUCUUAUAUUCAGUGGCACAUUUUGUAAUAGUUCCGGUAGCACAUGCUGUAAGGCUCGACCAUAAGCAUGCCCAUCCAAACGUGGUGGAAGCAGAUAUGGCCCGAUGAUAUGCUCGUCCACAAUGCCGCACCAGAUGUUAAUUGAAAACUGAUGUUGGUCUCUAUGGAUGGCUAUGGCAUGAGGGUUUUCUUCAUCCCAAAUGUGACUGUUACGGCUAUUAAAAUAACCGUCCUUUGUAAAACAGGACUCGUCAGUGAACAAAACGUAGCGACCAAAGUUUGGUUGCCUCAACUCCUGCUGCAGCCACCAACGACAAAAACGUCGACGCGGCAGAUAGUCUGCUGGACCCAUGGCUUGGACUUUUAAAAGGUGGUACGGG